CUACUCAUCUCUGAGGUGUGGAAUAUAGAUAACAUACUAUAUGUCUAUGGUACAGGGAUAAAGAAUUUAGAAGGCGCCGGGUUAAAUUGAAAUUAAAAGAUGAAUCAAACGAAAGAAGAGCCUCUUUGGUCGCGGAUUGCCGUUCGUAUAUUGGUCAACACUAUAUCACAUCCCAUCGACUACGCGAAAGUUUUAAUACAGAUCGGUCACGAGCCCAUACCACCAAGACCGACUACGACCCUAUUCGGUACUCCUGCACUGGCUCUGCCUACUGUUUUUGAAUAUGUUAGAUACAUCAAGAAUGUUGAUGGUUUUACUGGCUGCUACAGGGGUCUUGUCCCUAAACUCUGUGCCUUUACGUUAAAUGAGUAUGUUUACGAGAAAACAGCAUCUUGCAUUGUAUUUGAAAAUGAAAAGAAUACUGAUGUUGACAUAGAGGAUCUACCAGAACCUGAGAAGCGUAAACGAUGCAUACAGGAUAUAAUAAGGGAACUCAUUAGCAAAAUUGUAGUCAUAGUUGUAAGGCAUCCUUUAGAUGUCAUUGCUACAAGGACAAUGGCACAAUUUGUGGGAGGAGAAACCAAGUACAAUGGUUUUUUCCAUUCCUUCAUUGAGGUUUAUAGAGCAAAUGGUAUUAUGGGAUUUUAUGCGGGAUUAGUACCGCGUCUGCUUGCAAAUACAGCAGCAAUUAUAAUGGUAGGAGUUUCUACAUAUGUCAUCAAUAAAUAUGUUAUUCAGGAUCGGGAAGCAAAAACCUAUACAUCCCCCACAAUGACAUUCCUGGCAACUACAAUUACAUACCCAUUGUUGGUAGUGUCUCACUGUAUGGCUGUAAAUAAUUGUGGUCUCGUUGCUGGCCUUCCACCUCAAAUGCCAAUUUAUGACAGUUGGCUUCAUUGUUGGGCUCACUUAGCUGCCACCAACCAACUAAAACGAGGAAGCAGCAUCUUGUGGCGUUAUUACACCGGUCCAAAAGUGAUUGUAAAUGGCAAACCGGUACCAAUCAACGAGGAGAAACCUUUUCUUAAAAGGAUACUGUAGAAAAAAACUGUUUUAUCACGGUGUACUUAUCUUAAGUGAGCAUUGAGUGAAGACUAGGAUAAAGUCACUGUGUCAUAAACCUAGUUACGUGUUGUACCACCCCCUUGUAAUAUUAUCAUCGCAAUAUUUAUUAGAAAAGUGUCGUUACGAAAAAUUAUGAAAAGUGAGAGUCUGAGAAGGCUUUAAAAGUCUUUCUCAUUUUUUUUAGCUCGCCAGCAAGCCUGUACAUAUUCUUCUUUACUAGGGUACAUGAUUAAAGAAUUACAGAAUAUUAGGGAAUUAGGCGAGAUUUGUUCCUGAUUAAUAUUGUUUACUUCUUAACUGAAGUAUGUAUAUGAAAGGAAUGUGAAAAUCACGAAAGUGGAAAAAGUUAUUUAACAAUAAGGAGAAAGUUUGUGUCCCAGUUGCAUUACCAAAAUAGAAGAGAUUAAAAUUGAAAACUGUA